CGCCAGACAGUAGCUAUGAAAGGCCCCUAAGAGUAUGUCGGUUUUCGCGUUGCUGGAAGUUUACUACCAGCACCCGUUUCUCUAAAGUGGACGGUUUUUCCAACCUAAAUCGGGGUUUCCAGCAUAAAUAUCCUGGUUAACCGAGGUGGGUCCUAACGGUCCGUCGAUAAGCCAACUGCAGGGGCGGCGCCGGCGGCGCCGGCGGCGGUAGCGCUCUCCAGAUUUUCGUUCGUCCUUAAUCUUCACCGUUCCAGUUAUGGAUCAGGUCAUUUUUCAAGCCAUUCGGGGCGACAUAGUAUCUAAUGACGUCAGCCGGCAGACCUCCGCAAUCCUAGUCGCCUUACAGCUGGCAGCCGGCGGUAAGGACGUAUCCUGUCUCGCGUCGCUCCUCUGCACGGAGUUAAUCGCCGGCAGCGCGAACGCUGUUAGCAAGCAGCUCGCGUACGAUGCGCUCCGCACCGCGGGCCACUUAACGGACGACGACUGGGACGUGGUGUGCCGGGGCAUGCACAAUGAUUUCAGCUGCCCGGAUCCUGACGUCACCGCCGCCGCGCUCCGCUUCGUCGUCGCGCUUCCGGGCUGGCGGGUCGGAAAGUUUCUCGACGAUCACUCUAAGGAGCUCUCUAACUGCAUAGUCCACGACCACGUGGGAUUAAGACAAGCCGCGAUGGACUCCCUCGGAACCCUCCUCCUACGCGACGACGUAAUUAAUCUCUGCGCGCAGUCCGUCUCCCUCCUGGACCGCGUCUCGCUCUGGUGGCGCCAGAUCGGCCUCUCAAUGCUAGAUCCCUCCGAUAUAGUCGCAGCGGCGGCAUUCGACGCCGUGGGCCGUCUAUUUUCCGAAUUCGCCACGAAAAAAAUGAGUAGAAUCGCUGCGCAGAGGCUCGUUCCGACCGAGUCCUCCGCCGCGGUGCGCGCGCAGCUGGUGGUGGCGCUGACCGGGCUGGUGUGGGGGAAGCGGGACAUGUUAAUCGCGCGUGCGGGCCUGCUUACCCCGGACGCCUUCCGCUCGUCGAUCUACCCGCUUGCGUACGCCGCCCGGGCGUUUGCGACUGGCCUCGUGGACGAUCUGCGAAUGAUGCUGAAUCCCGAGGAGGAGGGAGCCCGGAGGCGACGAAGCAGCAGCGUGUCUGUGGGUGCGACUGGUGACGGUGGGGCUGGUUUGGGAGGUUUCGGGGAAGAUCUGCUAGGGCUGGGGGAUUUCGGCGGUGCUGGGGGGGGGAGAGGAAGAGAGGGGGAGAGUAGUGGGAGUGGGAGUGCUGGGUUGAGUGCUGGAGCUGGUGCUGCUGAUGGGGACGCUGGCGGUGGUGGUGGCAGUGGGAAAGCGGACGGGAAAGACGGAAAGAGGAAGGGUAAGGAGAAGAAAGGAGUAUCAUCAGCCACUGCAGCAGCAGCAGCAGACGGGAAAGAGAGCAAGGCUGGCAAGGGAAAGGAGGAGGUAAGCAGGAGCAGCAGCAGCAGCAGGGUGGGCUCCCGUCGCCCGUCCUCGUCCUCCACCGCCCUAGCAGCCACCGUCUCGUCAGACACACUAGCGGCGGCAGCAGCAGCAGCAGCAGAGGAGCGCAAGGACCUAGUCAACACAGAGCGCAUGCUGGGCGUGGCAGACAUAGUAACGCACCUAUCCCCCUACCUCGCGUCCCUAGACCCGUCCAUAGUCUUCGAAGUGGGCCUACAGAUCCUCGCUCUCGCAGCCGUCCCUGGAGGGAAACCGGAGUGGGCGACAGGGCCUGUGACUGCGUUCCUCUCUCUAUGGGAUCGGCAGGAGUACUCAGCGGGGCGAGAGGCGAUAGUUAAAGCCGUGGUGUCGAACCUCCCGCUGCUAGACAUUCACACGCAGGCGGCGCUCUUCAAGCGCCUGUUGCUCAUGGUCCGGGGCUUAAGAGCCGAGGCGGAUCGGAUGGUCGCGCUGGCUAGCAUCUGCCGCGCUGCUCUGUGCGUGGAUCUGUUCUCUAAGGAAUCGGCGCGCAGGGGGCAGAGGCCCGUCACGGGCACGGACGUCUCGUCCCUCUUUGACGACCCGCAGAUUAAGGAAGAGCUGGCGUUGUCAGUGGUGCCGAAUGUGGAGAGCGGGCUGUUUAGGGAGGAGCUUCUUGCUUGUCUGGUAGAGAGCGCGUUUCAGCUGGCUAGUGGAAGCGGCGGGGGAGGAGUAGGAGGAGGAGCGGGAGGAGCAGGAGCAGGGGCGGGAGGGUUCGGGGCAGGGGGGGGGGGAGGAGGGGGCGGCAUGGGAAGCGGGUUAACCGGAGGGGUGGGGGGGGGAGGGAUACCUGGGGAAGGCUACGGGGGAGAGUCAGGGGCCGGGUUUUCCUUUGCUGCUGCAGCGGCGGGUAGAGGGGGGUCCCUUGCUGCGGUGGUCUCUGGAGAGGCGUCGUCCGGAGGGUGGGAGGCGUGGGGGCAGACGGCGCUGGAGGUGGUGGAGGUGUGCAGGGCGUGCGUGCGGUGGCAGUGUGGGGGGCGCACGUAUGCCGUGGACUGCUACCUGCGGCUGCUGGUGCGGCUGUGCCAGGUGUAUAACACGGCGGGCGGGGUGAAAAGCGCCAAGGAUGGGGCCACCCCGGAGCAGAUCAGGGCGGAGCAGAGGCUGUUCACGCUGCAGAGGCAGCUGCUGGAAGACGCCAAGGAGAGGCUGUUCACGCUGCAGAGGCAGCUGCUGGAAGACGCCAAGGAGCUCUCCUCGUCCACCCUCCGAGUGCGUCUCCUCUGGGUGCUGGCCGAGCACAUGUCCUUCUCAGGCCCGGAGCCCCUCUUCCCCGACGAUCCCAAGGACCCAGUCACCAUCCUCACCUCGCUUUUCCACCGCAUCCUCUUCUCCCCUGACGCUGCCACGGGGACCAUGCUCGCUGACGUGGUAGCAGGGGGAGAGGGCGCCGGCGGAGGCGGGGGAGGCGGAGGAGCAACGGGGAGGAGCGCUGCGCUGAGUGGGAAUCGGCUGCAGGAGGUGCAGGCGAUUCUGGUGUGCGCGCUGCACCUGGGGGCGAGGAGUUAUAGGGCGGCGGCGCUGGUGUGCCGCGAGGUGGAGGAGCUGCAGUCGGCACCGUGGCUGGCGGACAGUGCGACCAGGCACCGCUGCCGCAGUAUUCUGCAGUCUCUGGCCUAUGUGCACCACUUCCCUGACAGGACCGAGGCAUCGCGAAGGUGCUCGAAAGUCAUCCCCGAGGGGCCUGCCCCAACUCCAUUUUCGGAGCGAGAGAGCAGCUUCGCGAACGUAGCGAAAUCGACUGUCGGUGGCCUGCAGUUUUCGUCGAGCCGUGGCCAGGCUCUGGCGUAUUCUCCGCAGCUUCUGGCGCCCCAGCAGUACCAGCAGGCGCACUUGCCGCCCGUGCGUUUGCCCCUUCCUCAGGCACCGACGCCGCCAUUCCCUCCCCGCAGUGUGACAUCUCUCCCGCUCCUUGACAGCCAGCACCUCUUGGCAAUAGCCAAUCUGCACACGUCGCUGGCAGGCAACAGCACUCGGCUCAUAGUCAUCGACAGCAUUGCUGCCCUCGUGCGCAUUGAGUUUGGCGCAGACAAUCUCGUUCAGAGGCAGCAGCUCCUCUCCCAUCAAGCAUCGAAACUCAAGUACCUUGCAGAGAGCUUCUGUCUGCCUGUGCUCGUCACCAACCACGUUGCUUCAGCAUCCUCCUCCUCUUCCACCUCGUCCUCUCGUUCUGUUGGACCUUCUGCACCAAGCGAGGCUGACGGCAGAAGGGCGGCUCUGGGCGCCAAAUGGUCUCACUGCGUCAACGUGCGGCUACUGCUCUCAACUGUCACACAUGCUGCUGGCUCCCACCGUGUCUUGCACAUUGCUAAGGCACCUAUGGCGCCGCAAAUCUCCUUCCCGUUCGCCAUCACCAACAGUGGCCUGCAGCUCUUUUAACUGUGGAGGCAGAUCUUAAUCCAUCGGUGGCGCAACGUUAUGUUUUUUGUGUUACAGUGCAUUGAGAUUCAUUCAUGUACAUAAUUUGUUUUUAAGUUGGGCAAAGAACACCUUGUAAAUAAUCGUCAUAUGAUAUG